AUGUACUCAACUGACCAGCCUUGCCUUCCCAGACUCGUAUUCUUGGAUCACUUGUGGCUUCUCAUUGAUCAGCUACACAACCAACACAUCUUCAUAUUAGCAUCAUUACAAGAGAAAAAAAAGAGACAGAGUGAAGAGAGAAGUAGUGUACUUGAGCAAGUUGGGAAUGGGAUUUACAAAGACGCUCGCGUCGAGCGUCUCACCGGCACCGAAAUCAUUCCAACAUCACUAGACAAAACAAACGGCAUCGUUACAAAAGACGUAAUAUACUCACCGGAGCAUAACCUCUCCGUCCGUCUCUUCCUCCCUCACAAAGCCACCGCUGGUAAGAAUCUACCUCUUCUCAUCUACAUCCACGGCGGAGCUUGGAUCAUCGAGUCACCUUUCUCUCCCAUUUACCACAACUACGUCACCGAGAUCGUCAAAUCUGCUAAUUGCCUCGCCGUAUCGAUCCAGUACCGCCGCGCGCCGGAGCAUCCGGUUCCGGCGUCGUAUGACGAUUCAUGGUCAGCGAUUGAGUGGAAUUUCUCACAUCCCCAAAUCCCCAAACAGAGAGAAACAGAGAGCAACAUCAUCAACAUCUGGAAAAAAAAAUCGAAUUAA